AAAUUUUGGACAAAAUCAGGUGUCUACACCAUUCACUGCUAUUCCUCUUCUCAUGUACUGCACACUGCCAGCAGUCUGUCUGCUCACUAACAAGUUCAUUAUCCCACAGAUUAGUAACAUUGCGAGUAUAUGGUUUAUAUCCCUCUUUCUUUCCAUCUUUGCAACUGGUAUCUUAGAAAUUAGGUGGAGCGGUGUGGGGAUUGAUGAAUGGUGGAGAAAUGAACAGUUCUGGGUUAUCGGUAGUGUGUCGGCUCAUCUUUUUGCUGUUUUCCAAGGCCUUCUCAUGGUUCUUGCUGGCAUCGACACCAACUUCACGGUCACUUCAAAAGCAUCGGACGAAGACGGUCGCAGAACUUUACAUGUUCAAAUGGACAACCCUGCUCAUCCCACCAACUACUCUCCUCAUUAUAAACUUGGUGGGGGUUGUUGCAGGGAUCUCGUAUGCCAUCAAUAGUGGCUACCAAUCAUGGGGUCCCUCUUUGGUAAGCUAUUCUUUGCCUUCUGAGUGAUCAUCCAUCUCUACCCCUUCUUGAAAGGUUUAAUGGGAAGCCAAAACCGAACACCCACCAUUGUUGUUGUAUGGUCAAUUCUGCUUGCCUCCAUUUUCUCUUUGUUGUGGGUGCGCAUCGAUCCCUUUACGACAAGAGUUACCGGGCCGGAUGUACAAGUGUGGAAUAAACUGUUAAAAAGGAAGGAAGGAAAGUUUGCUUUGGUGUCCCGAAGCUGCAAAGGACAGAGGUUUGUUUAGUUGUAAUUUUGUGUAUUUCAAUUGACAUAGUGUGCAGAAUAUAAGGCAGUG